AUGGACGGACCGGCUUCCGAUAUAGAUACCCCUGUGUCCGAGGAUGCCCCUCGUUCCUCGUCGCGCGCAUCGACGCCCAUCGUCCCCACGGCGCCUGGCGCUGGGCCGCACGAGCGUGCGAAGCACCGAGGCGGUGGGAUGGCCACGUUGCCAGCGACAGAAAUCCUUCCCUCCACGGGCCUGGCCCUGCCGAAUGUAGCGCCUGCGCCUGCGACGUCGAAGCGUAGUACACGGCCGUCACGCAAACGCAGUCGCACGGAACCUGCUCACGUCGCGUCGCAACAACGUGAGACGCAGCGUGACUUGGAAAUGCUCGGCGUGCCGAUGGACGUGGAUGAGGACGAGUUGGAAGAGCUCAAUAAUGACUAUUGUGAGACGUGUCAUGGACACGGCCGGUUUCUGUGCUGCGAUGGAUGCCCCCGCAGCUUCCAUUUCAUGUGUGUAUGUCCCCCCCUGGACGUCGACGAGAUGCCCUUUCCCAACGGUACACUCCUUCCUCGCAAGUCUCUGCCUACGUCCAGCAGCACAACACCCCAUGACCUGCGCGCCCAGCGAGCGUUGGCCGACGAUAGCUGGUUUUGCCAGGUGUGCUUUGCCCAGCGUCUCCCGCCACGAGUGCCGAAAGGCUGCGGACCGUUUGGUGUGCUGUUGCAGCGUCUCGCCUGUGAAAACCCACGCAUUUUUGAGCUGCCAGCCGAUAUACGUACGUACUACAAGGGCGUAGGUACGGCGCCCGAUGGAACGUACGUGGAUACCACAGCGCAGCGUCCCUUGAAACUCUCACGGACCGGGUUCCUGGAAGAGCGCGAUCCAUACAUCCUACGUGACAAGCGCGGCGAGCCCGUUUUGUGUUUCCGCUGCGGCGAGAGUGCCUUGCCGCCCGACGCCGUCCUUCGACGGCCUCAUGAAUCGCGCGAGAUGGCAGAACGGCGUGCAAUCCACGCAUGCCAUGAAGCAGGCACCAAGCUCACGCAUGGCCGGCGUAUGCUCAGCUGCGAUUUCUGUACAUUGCACUGGCACUUGGACUGUGUCGAUCCGCCGCUGACCGGUAUGCCCCCUGCGACGAGGCGGUGGCGUUGCCCGGCGCACAGCGAGCCUGGGCGGCCUCGUAUGCGCAUUCCUCGCGCUCCGCAGCUCACGCGGACCAUCACGAUAGUGCGGUCCCAACCUCUUCCGCAUAUUCGCCGCGACGCCUUGGUCGAUAUUGUGCCGGAUCCCCAGGACCGGUACUUUGAUUUAGAUACAGGCGCAGGGCAUGCGCGCGAGCCACCGUGGGACGACGUGACAUUGGAUACAGGAGAGGCGCGUGUCCGAUACCGUCUCCCAGAAAAGUCAAUUCGUUUGGCGUUUUGGCAGGCGAUCCGUCGUCGCGAUGAUGACGACGACGUGGCGCGCUCGUCCACACCGGCCGCAUCGACGUCGACCCAUCCGCCGUACAUUCCUACGUUAUGGGAGCAGUUGGUGGACGUAGCAACGCAUGCAGAGCCUGUGCGGACGUUGGUGUCGACACCGCAAGGCGCCGUGCGCGAGGAAUUUGCUGCCGCAGCACGCGCUUCUCUCACGCCCAAUGCUCAGCCAUUUGCGCCUGCUCAGCGCACGUCGUACCGCCCUGAAGAAGCCGAGCCGUUGGUGCCCCCUGCGACGGAGCCGGACGAUGUGCCUGGGCCGCCGACAAACGUCCCGAUCACGUACCUGUAUCCGCAAGAAAUUGCCGAGCUACGCGCGCUCAAGCACUGGCUCACGCACCAAGGCGGCUACGCCGCGGUCCGCGCCGCUACCUCGGCCCCCGCCGUGACAUGGGACUAG